GAGGAUCAUGAGGGGAUGGGGGGGGCGGUCCCGGCAGCCCCCGCGCGCGCCCGCCGCCACCGCCGCGCGCCUGACGUCACCGCGGGGGCGGGGCCCGGGGGAGGUUGCGCGCCGUCACGGUGUCCCCAGGCUGUGUCACCUACUCCGUGCGUCCCCCCCCGGCGGGCUGCGAUGGCGGCGAGCCGGGCUCUGAGUGCCCUGCUCCUCCGGGCCGCCGCCCGGCCGCCGCUCGCUGCCAGCGCCCGCAGCAACUCCAACCGCGCCGCCAUCGGGCACCUGCAGCGGCAGCGCUACGGGCGGCUCUACCCGCUGCUGCUCGUCGGCACCGACGGCUCCACCGUCCGCCUGCGCUACGGCGAGCCCAAGAGGAUCCUCAUGAUGCCCCUGGACAGCAACACGCUGCCCGAAGCCGAGCGCAAGGCUCGUCUGCGCCGCCACUUCCCCAGCAAACCUAAGGCCAAGGAGGAGGAAACCUUCGAGGGCAUCGACCUGGACACCUACAAGAAGUUCUGGAAGAAGUGAAGCGCUGAAACCACAAGUGUUUCAACGUAUAAAUAAAAACAUACAUAA